GCCGAGGUGGGCAGGAAGCUGCUGCUCUCCUGCUACACGGGCGCUCUGGAGGUCAAAAAGAAGGAGCUGCUGAAAUACCUCACGGCCGCCAGUUACCUCCAGAUGGUUCACAUCGUGGAGAAGUGCACCGAAGCUUUGUCCAAGUACUUGGAAAUCGACGCUUCCGUGGAGAACGGCGGGCAGGCUGCGGAGAGGUGUCAUUCCUCGGACGCCGAGCUGAGAAGCGGGGAUGAGGUUUUAGAUAAAGAUUGCGAAAUAAUUGAGAUUUCUGAAGACAGCCCAGCGAGCGUAGACUACGCUGUGAAACAGGAGAAGGGGGACGCCUCACAGCCCGCAGUGCAGAGCUUGGUAUCGCAGAGAAAGGACACAAAAACCCCAGAAAUAUCAGCAGUCGAAAUCGGAUAUAAGGAUGAUGAAAUCUGUGUCUUCAGAAUGGAUUCCGUGAACGUAGCGAAUGUAGAAAAUGACCACUUUCCUCAGCCUUGCACCUCCUCUAAAACAAAUUUAUAUUUUCCAGAAACCCAGCACUCCUUGAUAAAUUCUACAGUUGAAAGCAGAAAUACAGAAAUGUCAGGCAAUCACUUUCAGGCUUUUGUCACUGACAAUCCAGAAGGAACUUCCAGCCUGGUGAAUGGGUUCCAGAGCCUGGAUGAUUCUGGCAAUUCAUGGCGCCACCAGUGCCCAAAGUGUCCGAGGGGAUUUCUGCAUCUUGAGAACUAUCUCAGACACCUGAAAAUGCACAAACUCUUCUUGUGUUUGCAGUGUGGCAAAACAUUUACGCAAAAAAAGAAUCUCAACAGGCACAUCCGGGGGCACAUGGGUAUUCGCCCCUUCCAGUGCAUGGUGUGCUUGAAGACCUUCACGGCCAAAAGUACGCUUCAGGAUCACCUGAACAUACACAGCGGUGACAGGCCCUACAAGUGUCACUGCUGCGACAUGGACUUUAAACACAAGUCCGCUCUUAAAAAGCACUUAACUUCUGUUCAUGGAAGGAGCAGCAGCGAAAAAACAACCCUGAACGCUAUUACAAAAGUUAAAAUAGAUUAUGAUUGA